AUGGCGUUCCAAGAUGUUUCAAGGGAUAUUUUUGACAGUUGGAAUGAAGUUGGUUUGGUUUACACACGAAACAAAUAUGGCCGAGUGUCCGCGCCUUCGGGUUAUGGGAUAACGGACAAAAAUGACUGCUCUUACAAAAUAAGUCUCUUCAAAGGUAUGCAAUAUACUGAGUGAAAGAAAUUUUUAAUAGUUUGUCAUGUGAGCAUUAACAAUUGACGCCGAUAAAGCUUACCUUCGUGUAAGUUAUAUCACAUGUAAGUUAUAUCAGCUGGGCGGAGUUGUUCGAAGCUGGGUUAAGAUAACCCAGGGUUAGUGCGAAAUUUGAAUUCAGAUAUGAAAGCUUAAAAAGUAAAUUCAGUUUAAUUCUUUUUGUCAACAAGUUGAUGAUUGGAUGUUCUUAAACAUAACAGAGAAAAUUAUCCGAGAAAAUGCUUUUGACCAAAAGAAGAAGAAACACAGGUUGAAUCUAACCCUGGGCUAAGCGCUAAUCGGCCUUCGAACAACUGGGCCUUGCAAUCAGCAGGUUAAAUUUGGGACGGCCAUUUCUCGUCCACGGAUGUGGGAAAGACUAGAUAAUGUCAAUAAAUUAUCCUUGAAAUAGUUUGUAGGUGAGAUACAGAUUGAAACAAAAAUAAAGAGAUGAGGGCCCCAAUAAUGACUGGCCUAAGCUCUGCCACCAUCCUCGUAGAGGAAAUUUUAUCGCAUCUCAAUCAUGGUGUUAGUCUCUAGGGGGAUCUUUCAAAGGUGCCCUUUUUAAAAUGAACCUCCCAUUAUUAUAAGGCAAAAGUUCAUGCAAUUAGAUGGUUGCACAUGCACAGCUGUUUCAAAACAUGGAAGAGGUAUGUUUUCUUUGGGGCUCAGAAAAAUAAAUUAUGCUGUGGCUAUAUGCCCGGCAGCCGGGAAGGGUCUUAAAAAAACUAAAUGAGAUUAGAAAAAGGGAUUGUUCAGAAAUUCUAGAAAAUGAUUUUCUGACUGCUGAGCAUUUAGUUUUUUAAGACUCCUCCCAACUGCUGGGCAUAUAGCCACAGGGAAAAAAAUUACAUGAAUUCCAGCUUUUCCUCUGGGCAAGUGAAAUGGGCAUUCUAAUUUGAACACAGAAACAUUCUUAUUAUUUAUUUUAGUCACAACUUGUUGUCAUAAACUCAAACCAAAACCUAUCAGGGUACCCAGCAGGCACUCAUGUCAAAGACAUAGUUACACACGUCUAUCUUCUUUUUGAAUCUCAGUUAGAGUCCUGUUCAAAUGUUAGGAUUUUUUAACCUCGCUAUAAGCAAACACUUCCCAGGGGCGUAGCCAGCUCUUUGACUAGUUGUAGGCCUGGCUGAAUUUCAUUUUCAUAUACCCUGUAAAUUGCACACAUGACUAGUAUGCAUGCACUGACCUCACCAACACUUUGAGCUCAACAAAGCAUAAUUUAAACAGUGAUCAAACUAAAAACUGUAGGCUGUGCAGGCCUACAGGUCUAUGGGCUUGCUACGCCCCUGUUUCCUCAUUAAGAAUUAAUUUAUAACUUUGUUCAAAGGAUCUCUGAGGAAAAAAUGAUCUCUGGUGUGUACAAGUUGUUUGUAUUUUCCUUUAUUUUUAAAAUCUCAACUACAGUGUACAUGUUUUUAUCCACAGGAGCAAGUUGUUCUGUUGCUAAGGAUGGUAACAACUUUAGUCCUCAAUCACUUUUCCUUAUUUGCCUGGACUUUGUUGCCAAGAAUAUAACCAUGGUUGAAUCCUUAGCAGAGUUCCCAGAUAUUGUGGGUAAAGAACUAUUCCAUAAAGUUCAGGAGAAUGAAGGAUUUGUGUCCAAUCCCAAGAAUUUGAAGCUAUUUUGUGAGGCAUAUGGUGAACUUGUCUUAUCAAAGUUGUCUCUCUCAUCAAAACACAUUCUUGCAAAUAAUUACCUAGAGUUUCUGCAAUUCUUCACCUUCCUUACUGAAAUGGAUGUUAGCCAUUGUCGACUUGGGGAUACUCAUGAGCUGCUGUCAUAUAUGUCUCAUUUUCAUUGGUGAGUCUGUGUGUGUUAAAGGAUUACAGUCGAAUCUCUCUUAAAGGACAUCUCUAUAAAACAGACACCUGUAAAACGAACACUUAGAGUUGGUCCCUGCCUUUCUUUACUCCCUUUAUUUGACUCUCUAUAUGAUGGACACCUCUCUAAGACGGACACUUAGAGCAGGUCCCAAAGGUGUCCGUCUUAGAGAGAGUUGACUGUAGUAUAUUAUUAUUUUAGAACACUUAGUGUGGUGACAACUAGCAGUUAUUGAAUGAGACUGAGUAGGAUGUGAAGAAUUAUGCAGAUUGAGCAGGAUGUUAUCUAUUGAGGCUGAAGGCCAAGGUAAUAACUUCCUCCAAGAUCUGCAUAAUUCUUCGCAUCUUACAAGAGCCGAAUUCAGUAAUAAAUACUGAAGCAUACAUUGUAGUAGACAUUUGAUUGCUGCAUGCGUUUUGCAUCUUUGGUGAUUCUUAUGUAUCAGGGAUGCAGGACGCAGGGGUAACAAAAUCACUGCGUAUAUGGGAGUAUGGUCCCCAACCCUGGUGAUACUUCAAACUCACCUUGAAAUGGUAUUUUGAUGGAAACCCUUACUGAUGCAUGCAAUAAAAUACUAUUAUUGUAAUUUUGUUCUUCCUCUAGUUUGAUCAAGCUGAGCCUCAAAGACAACUGCCUAUCUGAUGCUGGUGUAAAAAAAUUCACAUUACCUCAGCGCCUCCUUAAAGAUGGACUUGGAAAGCUUGCUGUUUUGGAUUUGGCUUCUAACCAUGACAUUACUGAUAAUGCUGUCAAGCACCUCCUCAAGCUGACUUCCUUGACAGCUCUGAAUCUCUCUGGUACUCAGGUGUCUUUUCGAUAUGGGGUCCCGCAGCUUCUAAAGCAUAGAAAUUUGUGUCUGGCACCACAGGAUGUAAGUUUUACGUUUUAGGAUUAUUUAUAUAUUAUUUAAAGACUCUUUCACUGUGUGGGAUGCAUGUUUCAGAUGCGGCAAGGUGUCAUUACUCUCUUGUCGUUUGAAAGGUACAGUGUGCUCCAGGCACUGCUUUCUCCUCCUUAAAAGGGGCAUAACUUUGAGCUGUAUUAUAGGGUGCUGAUUUUAACUGUCUGGAGCAGCAAGUCAACACCUAGCGUGUAAAGAAAGUCGUGUCCGGUAGCCUGGGGCUAGUGGAUUUUGCUACUGGGGUAGUGAUUUUUGUUCUUAACUUGCCCGACGGCCAAGUGCUGUUUUUUGGGGAAAUUCAAAUUACAGAAGGAUUGUAAUCAAUCCUGCUAAUCAAAAAGGGUUCUGGGGCUUGUUGAAAUGACUUGUGGACUAGUACGUGCUAGCUACAGCUUGCCCGAAUGGCAGGCUAAAAAACUGACUUUCUUUGCACCCUGGACACCUCAUUUAUACAGUCAAAGUUCUGUCUUCCACAAAAUUAAUUAUUUUCACCCUUAUUUCAUGGGUUCAGAGCUUUAUGGGCUCCUUACAAUGAAAUUUUUCUCUGAGAACAGCCUUACAUUACAUGUAGAUUGAUUAAAACAAAAGGUUCUUCCCAAAAAAGAUGCAACAGGACCGGCUCAAUCGGCAGAGUGUUUGACUGCAGAGUGGGAGGUCAAGGGGGUUGAUCCUAGGGCAGGACCUAUACUUGGGUUUUCACUAGUGACGGAGUCAGAGCCAUAGUUGAAAGCAGAGUCGAGAGCGCGCUUAUGACCUAGUGAAAAUCAAAAGUCAGAGUCAUAAGCGUGAAGGUUUCCAUUUUCUUCUGACUCUGCUUAUGAUUCCGUCAUUUACGAUUAAGUGAAAACCAGAUUGUCGGGUCAGAAGCAGAGGCAGAGGCCGAACAAUGAGCUAAUGACAAUGCACAUUCUUACGCUUUGUGAUUGGUUAGUUCUUCUGCUUCUGCUUGUGACUCUGACAAUGUAGUUUUCACUUGAUCACAAGUGAUGGAGUUGAAUCUGAAUGCUGUUUUCAGUAGAUCAUAAAGUCUUAUGCUUCUGAUUACGACUUGGACUCCGUCACUACGUUCUGUCUGCAGUAGAAGAUGUAAAAAUAUUAUUCACACCAAAACAUUGUCACUCAAGUAAAACACUUGUUUAUUCAGUUACUCAUAACAACCAGUCUGCUCAUUUUUGUUUUUACUCUUAUUUUUUCAAUGUUUUUUUUUUCUCAAAAUAGUUCAAUGAUGAAUUCUAUACUGGUAAAGCUUUCACAGUAACAGAAGGAUGGGCUGUUGAUGUUAUUAACGAUUGGCUGAAAAAAUCUGAGUGCUUUGUUGCAAGGAACAAAAGAAAGCCUUUAAAAGUGAUAAGAGGGACGUUUUACAAGUCGACACGAUCAGAAAUAAUACAGAAGUUAACAGAAAAAAGGGAAAACCACAGCACCGGUGAACUUCCAGUAAUUAUGUUCACUUCAAAAAUUAAAAAGCUGAAUUGGUUACAAUCAAACACUGAAAACUGUUUGGAAGAUCACAAGCAAGAUGUUGCGAUGGAUGGUCAACCCAGUAAAAAGCUUAAAAUGAGCAGCGAUAAUACAGAAGCCUUUGUCACUGAGAGUGAAGAUGCUUUAGAGGACGAGUUGUUUAAAGAGUACUUAGUAUUUAAUUCUUCAAGUGUGUGCAAACCUGUUAAGAAACAACGCUCUUUGCUGGAAUCUAUGGACUGUCUCAAUAAUUAG